GUGUGCAGGUCAAACUUCUGCUCCGCUUAGUUUGACCUAACAGGAAGUAGAAUCCUGGUGUUACAGUUUGGUUUAGUUACGGUCCGAAGAUUCGUUGUAUUUGGUUUGUACCGAGGAGUUAAGCUGCCAUGGCUGAUGAGGAUGAAGAUCAGACGUUUGAAGAAGAAAAUGAUGAUACUACAGGAGGAGCUGAAGGAGGACAGGGGAGAAGGAAGAGGCUUUUCUCUAAAGAAUUGCGUUGUAUGAUGUACGGCUUUGGAGAUGACCAGAACCCAUACACUGAGUCAGUGGAUAUUCUAGAAGAUCUGGUUAUAGAAUUUAUUACUGAGAUGACUCACAAAGCGAUGUCAAUUGGACGUCAAGGACGUGUGCAGGUGGAGGACAUUGUGUUUUUGAUAAGGAAAGAUCCCCGGAAGUUUGCAAGAGUCAAGGACCUUCUGACUAUGAACGAGGAGCUGAAGCGGGCCAGGAAAGCUUUUGAUGAAGCAAACUAUGGAUCCUGAGGAGAGUUUGGAGUACUAGAAAUAGCAUUUUCCCAUAUGUAGUAAUAGGUUAUCAUCUGCAUUAUGGUGCGUUUCAUGGACAUUGUUAGAGUUCCAAUCCCAAGGGAGGGACUGGUUUAUUUUAAUUGUAAAUAAGUUGUUGCUUGGAAUGUUUGUGUGUAAACAAAUACCAAACCUCUCUUGUAUAUUUUACUCAGUCUUUUUAUUUAUAUCCUUUAUUGGCAUGACAUGGGAUAAAUAAAUGUUUAAUAAAAAUGUA